AUGCACUCACGUUCAAGAAACUUACCUGACACCUGGGGGCGACCAUGGAGAAUGCGUCGGCGGAAGCAGCAAGAUCUUGUGUUUUGUCACAAUAAUCUCUCCAUGAACAAUGUCAUUGUUGAUCUAGGCACGCUCAAGAUCAAGGCCAUCGUUGAUUGGGAAUAUGCAGGUUUCUAUCCACCUGAAUUCGAGUUUCCGUUCUACCAGAGACCAGGGUCAUCUGUCGCGCUGGAUGGCGAGGUGGACGAUUUUGAUUUAUUAACGCGGAUGAUUUCUGAUGAUGAGGACUGCGGAACGCGCAGUCUUUAG